UUAAGCGGCGUACAUCAGCGGGCGCGCAUGCGCACACGACAGAUAAAUCGGGGCAAUCGAUCUAAAGUGUCUCCCAAAAGUGAUUUUGAGCAUUAGUUUUUGGCAAACACGCCACGCCCAUUUUUUCUGAGUUCUGAGCACGAUGAGGAGACUUUGGCUGGGCGCCCUGCUGCUUUGUCUGUGCUCCCUGCAAUCCUCCAGCGGCCAGCUUUUGGUGGAUUUGCUGCGGGACUUUGAGACGUCGCUGCUGAACACAAGGAUCCCAGAUACCACGCGCUUCCUGCCGGAGUAUGACUUCAUCAUAGUCGGCGCUGGCACCGCUGGCUGUGUCCUGGCAAAUCGUCUCAGUGAGAUUAGCACAGCGAGCGUUCUGCUGUUGGAGGCGGGCGAUCAGGAGACCUUCAUCAGUGAUGUGCCGCUGACGGCGGCUCUCACCCAAAUGACGCGCUACAAUUGGGGCUAUAAGGCGGAGCCGACUGCCCAUGCCUGCCAGGGCCUGAAGGAGGGCGUCUGCAACUGGCCCAAGGGGCGCGGCAUUGGCGGCACCAGCCUGAUCAACUUUAUGCUGUACACGCGUGGCCAUCGCAGGGACUACGACGAUUGGGCGGCGGCCAACAAUUCGGGCUGGUCCUACGACGAGAUUCUGCCCUACUUCAAGAAGUCCGAGCGCAUUGGCAUACCCGAGCUGUACAAGUCGCCGUAUCAUGGCCGCAAUGGUCCACUGGAUGUCCAGUGCACGGACUACAAGUCGCAGCUGCUGAAGGCAUUCCUCAAGUCCGGCCAGGAGAUGGGCUACGACAUCACCGAUCCGAAUGGCGAGCAUCUAAUGGGCUUUGGCAGAUCGCAGGCCACAAUCCGCAAUGGGCGGCGCUGCAGUGCCAGCAAGGCGUUCAUCCAGCCGGUGGUGCAGCGCAAGAAUCUGCACAUUUCCAUGAAGAGUUGGGUGACCAAACUGCUCAUCGAUCCCCUUACCAAGGCGGCCGUUGGCGUGGAGUUCGUGAAGCAGCGCCAGCGUUUUGUGGUGCGAGCCCGAAAGGAGGUCAUUCUCUCCGCCGGCACCAUAGCCAGUCCGCAGCUGCUGAUGCUCUCCGGUGUUGGGCCCGCGGAUCAUUUACGGCAGCACAACAUCACUGUGCUGCAGGAUCUGCGGGUGGGCUACAAUCUCCAGGAUCACAUCACACUCAACGGCCUGGUGUUCGUGGUCAACGAUUCGACGGUGAAUGAUGCCCGCCUGCUGAACCCAACGGACAUAUUCCGCUAUCUGUUUGCGGGCCAGGGACCGUACACCAUCCCAGGCGGAGCCGAGGCUUUUGCUUUUGUGCGCACUCCCAGCUCUAGUCAUGCCAAGGACUAUCCGGACAUGGAGCUGGUCUUGGGUGCUGGCUCCCUGAGUGGCGAUCGCUUUGGCACCAUGCGCAAUCUUCUGGGCAUAACGGACGAGUUCUAUGAGACAAUGUUCGGUGACUUGCAGAGCAGAGAGACCUUUGGACUGGUGCCAGUGCUGCUGCGACCCAAGAGCCGUGGACGCAUCUCAUUGCGCAGUCGCAAUCCAUUCCACUGGCCCCGAAUGGAGCCCAACUUUAUGGAGCAUCCGGACGACAUACGAGCCAUGAUCGAGGGCAUUGAAAUGAUCCUGCAGCUGGCUCGCUCCAAGCCCCUGGCCAAGUUGGGCACUCACUUCCACGAUCGUCCCUUUCCGGGCUGUGAGCACCUGACCUUCGCCAGCGAGGAGUACUGGCGCUGCUGUCUGCGUCGCUACGGUUCCAGUCUGCAGCAUCAGUCGGGCACCUGCAAGAUGGGACCCGCCACAGAUCCCUCAGCUGUGGUGGAUGCCACGCUCAGGGUGCAUGGCAUUCAAAAAUUGCGUGUGGUGGAUGCCUCUGUAAUGCCGAAUGUGCCGGCUGGACACACGAAUGCAAUUGUUAUCAUGAUUGCAGAGAAGGCGGCGGACAUGAUCAAGAACACGUGGCGCAUGAGGGCCACAUAAAUCGACCCAAGGGGUGUGCCCUAACUUUUUAAUUUAUUGUCUAGAUAUAUCGUGAUAUGACUAAGCUUUGCAUGUGAUAAUUAAGUCAUCUUUUAGCUCGUAAAACUUGUUCUUUAGCUUUCCAAAUUGGUCUACGAGAAUUUCGCACAAUUUGAAUACAAAUAUAUACACUUAAAUUAAAU